CCUGCUGCGGAAGGCCGCGCUCCUUAUCUUACUUGCUAAUGUUUUUAACUUAUUAAUUCAUUACGUUUGUACAUUUCGUCAGUGGCAAUAUGGCGCUCAAAACUGUUGCUAGUUUCCUUCGGUUACACGCUCUACGUCCAACAGUCAGGCUCUUGUCUACCAGCUCAAAACCAGAUGUACCUCAGAAUGUUUCUAAAAUAGCAGAUUUUCCUGGUGCCAAGGCGCCGUACAUCACCGAAAUAAAGUUUUUAAAUGAAACUAGUUACGAUCCCAUCCCAAUAUAUCGUGUGCUUGACAACAAUGGCGAGAUUAUUGAUAGUAGGCAUGAUCCUAAUAUUGAUAAAGAUACCUUACUUAAUAUGUACAAGACCAUGGUGCAACUAACUCAAAUGGACAAGAUUUUAUACGAGUCCCAAAGACAAGGGCGAAUUUCAUUUUAUAUGACCAACUAUGGCGAAGAAGGCAUUCAUGUGGGAAGUGCUGCGGCUUUAUCCCCCGACGACUUGGUCUUCUCACAAUACAGAGAAGUAGGAGUAUUGUUAUUCAGAGGAGUCACUGUUACGGAGCUGGUAAAUCAGUGUUACGGCAACGACGAGGACCCCGGCAGAGGCCGCCAGAUGCCUGUUCAUUAUGGUUUUAAACAAAGAAAUAUUGUCACUAUUUCCAGUCCACUAGCGACUCAAAUGUCUCAAGCUGUGGGUGCAGCGUACGCCUUGAAACGAGUACCCAACAACAAUCGCUGUGUAAUUUGUUACUUCGGCGAUGGUGCAGCAUCCGAGGGCGACGCUCACCCUGCUUUUAACUUUGCUGCUACACUCGACUGUCCUGUAAUUCUUCUUUGCCGAAACAAUGGCUACGCUAUAUCCACACCAACCAGCGAACAGUAUCGAGGGGACGGCAUUGCGGCUCGCGGUCCAGCAUUUGGCAUUACCACUGCGCGCGUCGACGGCACCGAUCCUUUUGCCGUAUAUAAUGCUGUUAAGCAAGCUAGGGCCAUUUCUGUGGGCACAAACAAGCCUGUCCUAAUAGAAGCUAUGUCGUACAGAGUGGGACAUCAUUCUACUUCCGAUGACAGCUCAGCCUAUAGAUCGGUAGAAGAAAUUGAAAAAUGGACAAAAGAUGAAAGCCCUAUUCCGAAAUUAAAAAUUCACUUAGAACAGAAAGGGCUAUGGGACGACGAGGCAGAUAAAACAUGGGUGAAGGAGAGUAGGAAUAUAGUAGUCCAAGCAAUGCAAACAGCUGAAAAGAAGAAGAAACCACAUUGGAAAGAAAUGUUCGAAGAAGUGUAUUAUGAAAUGCCUCCAAAACUUCAAAAACAAGUACAGCAAAUGGAGAGCCACUUGAAGAAAUAUGGCGAACAAUAUCCAUUGGAACAAUUCAAAAGUGAUUGAGUCACUGACGCUAGUUUUUAAUGUGAUUUGAUUUGUCGAGUUUACGUUAAUUUUUAAAUUUUGUUUCUCUAUGUUUCAUAGAUGUAUAUAGUAUGGAUUUUAUCUGAAAUAAAUAU